UUUCUAUCAAGGGUUAAAUUAAGGUAAUUUUAACAAGUAAAAUUUAUCAUUUUGGCUCGGAACGUAUCGUGUCAAUUUUCUGAGUAACAAAAUGUCCACACCGUUUGAGUGUUAUCUUGAAGCGAUUGCCGAGAACUACUCGAAUACUUCAGAAUACUGGUCUGACUUUAAAAAGAUCAAAGAUCAUGUGGUGCAGAGAUUGAAUUGGAAUAACCAAUUUAGUUCUUAUUUCAAAGAAAGCAUACCUUUCGGCGCGUCUGCACAUGACACUCAACUUUAUGGUGAUCGUGGAAAGUUCAGCGUAAUGCUUGUACUAGAGAUACCGCAUUAUACAAAUAUUGAGCUAUAUGAUAACAAUGACGAAUAUUUGAUGUUGGAUACUACAAAUGUGCCCACAAAUUUGCCAAUAGAAGAUGAUAGUCAUUACAUCAAUCGCUGGUUUCUUCAGCAAUGGUUGAAAAACAUAUUUUGGACUUUAUUUGAACAAUACUCAAUGACUGUUUAUGGAUCUCGAUAUCAAACUUUCAAUCUCAGCUAUCAAUUGAGAGAAAUGCGUCAUACCAUAUUUGCAAAAUCUGACUCGGAGGAUUUUAUCAUUGACUUUGUGCCCGCAAUUAAAAUAGUUAAUGAGAAUUAUCCAUCUUCACAUAAUUGGCAUGCAAUUCCCAAGUUAAUGCCUGGAUCCCAGGCUAAAUACUCUUUCAUGAUGAGCAACACAGAAUAUGAGAAUCGAUUGCUGCAGGAUAAAGAUCUUAAGAAAGCUCUGAUUCUAAUGCAGCUUCUGUGCCGUUCAAAGGGUCUGUACGAAAUACGUUAUUAUCAUUUAAUGAAUUUGGUGAUUGCGAAAAACAUUGAGGAGUAUGCAUCAAACCACAGCUUGCAGGAUAUUUUCUUAGAGAUCCUUUGUGAACUAUACAAUGCCAUUAAUAACGAAUAUUUGCCCUAUAUGUGGGAUAACUAUAUUAAUCUUCUGAGUAAUCUAUCACCUAAAAUACUAUCCGACUAUGAAAUCAUACUUGACAAAGCUUACGAUACUCUAAAUACGUAUGAUAUUCAUGACAAACUUUCCUACGAACGUUGCAAAAGUCACUUUUGUUGAUUCCCAAAUAUCGAAUAAAUGUCUAUAAAUAUUAUAGUAAA